AUGCCGGAGCCUCUUCACGUGACCAUCAUCCGCGUGUGUGCGUCGCUGGCUGCCUGUAUGCUGUUUGCGAGUCUGCUGCCGGACAUUCGCGUCGUGCACCAGCAGAAAAGCACAGCCAGCAUGCCCAGCUCCCUCCCGGUGCUGUCCAUGGUGGCGAACUGUGUUGCAUGGGGACUCUACGGCCUCCUCAUCGGAGACUAUUUCCCUCUCGUGGCCACAAACAUCGUCGGUGUGGUCUUUUCGCUCUUUUAUCUCGUCGUGUACUACUAUCAUGAGGCCAGCAAAAGGAGAUUACUACUCGAGAUUCUUGCAACAACACUGGUACUUGUGGGACUGGUACUGUACCCAUUCCUUGCGGCGUCCGAAGGAGUAGAAGAGGACACAAUCCACAAUAUUGUGGGGUUUGUGACUGUAGCCAUCUCUGCUGUCAUGUUCGGAUCGCCGCUGGUGCUAGUAAAGAGAGUGAUUCAAGAACGCAAUACGGAGCUACUACCAUUCACUAUGAUCGUCGCUGGCGCAGUGAAUUGUACGUUGUGGCUCGCCUAUGGGUUGCUAUUGGAAAACUCGUUCGUUAUUGUACCGAACGCGGCGAACCUGUUUCUGGGCGUCGUACAACUCGGACUAUUCUGCUGCUUCCCACGUGGCAAAACGUACGACACAGUGGAAUCCACCACUCCUCGUUCCAAGCUCAACAACGCCCUCCACGGUAGUCGACACUGA